UCAGAGCCCCACUGAUUCCAGUUCAGAAUAGCUCAACCACCAUGUCGUCGCUAGUCUAUCUGCUUCUAGUCGCCACUUCCCUGGGCGCCAUUGUGGCCUAUCAAGUGCCGGAGGCAACAGUCAAGGUCACAGCCCAGGGCUUCGAAGUCUCCAUACCGGCGGAGCCCGGUGUCUCCCUAUUCGCCUUCCACGGCAAAGUCAACGAGGAGAUGGACGAUCUGAGCGACCAGACCUGGGCAGCGGAUAUAGUCUCUCCGCGAAAUGGACGCUUCACCUAUCGGAACCGGAACCACCGUCUCCAGGCGGGUGAUACUCUCUACUACUGGACCACAGCGCGUUAUAAUGGCAUCGACUAUCACAACUACAACCGGAAGUAUAAGGUGGGCCAAGGGGACUCCCAGAGAAUUGAUCUUCAGGGCUCUAAAGGUGGUUCUCAGCCCAUUAUAGCCAAUGGUCCUAAUACAUUCAACAUAUAUGUGCAAUAAAUAAAACAACAAUCAA